AUGACGCAUGAGAAGCUGGGGAACAUGGCUGAUCCACCGCAGGAGAAACUGGGGGAUCAUCAAAGCACAAAAUGCCAGAAUGGUUGGUCCCAGUUUGGAUCUCGCUGCUUCAGUGUCUUCACAACAUCAGCUAACUGGUCAGCCUCUGAGGAGGGAGUGUGGAUGUGGACAGAUGGCUCAGCAUUCGAUUACAUUAACUGGUCUACUGGACAACCUGAUAAUGCUGGAUCUGCAGAGAACUGUAUGGAGAUGAAUUUUCCAGUGAACUGGAAUGAUAUAGGCUGUAACACAACUUUGUCAUCAGUGUGUGCCAAAACAAUCAAUACAACUACUGUUCCCUCGACAACUGUUCCCUCAACUGCUGCUGCCUCAACCACUGUUCUCUCAACAACUGUUCCCUCAACUACUGUUCCCUUGACCACUGCUCCCUCAACCACUUUCCCUCAAUGA